AUGGCUGCCAUGUCCUCUGCUGCACCGGGUGCUACUACAUUGACGCCUCCCAGCAGCUCCCACGGCAACGAACCUGUGUGGAAAUCUUCCUACACGUCGGGUUAUGACCAGGACUCAAUGCAAGACCGAAACUUUGCAAGUGGUUACGAAACCACAAACGGCGCGGUACACGAUGACUAUGACGACAUUGACCCAUUCGCACGACAGGACCCCGGUGAACCUUUUCCUGCUACAAAAGUGCGAAAUGGCGGUCGAAGCACUUCUCGUCCCGACAACAAGCGCGGGCAGUCUCACAACAGUGACCCUGGCCCUACCGAAGAUAGCAGGUGGAUUCAUAGGGACAAGUUAGCCAAGAUUGAGAAUGCAGAACUCCAAGCCGCUGGAAUCGUCCUGCCAAAGCCUAGAUCUCAGAGUCGUCCGCGAAGGGAACGUAGUACAGAGAAACUGGGUGGGCGCCGUCCGACUGAUGCUUCGGAGCAUCAACCACUACCAAGAUCGCGCAAGAAUUCGACUCAAGCAUCUAUUUCCGGGGAUAGACACCCAGAAAUGGACAACCCAGCCUGGGAUCUGCGUCUCCCCCAAGAGAUAGCCGAAUCUCCGGAUGAGUACUGGAUAUCCAGCGAUACACUUGCAGGCAAAGGAUCGCGUAUUCCUGUUGCUAGACAAAGCCCGGGUACUUUCCCAAUUGACUCCAAUGAUCGCAAUGGCACGGGCGCGCGAAAGACGGGAGGGUCAGUAUCGCCGGACGAUGACUUUUCACUUGCCGUAUCCAAACCCCGGUCGAGGAGCGGCAGCACUACUCUGAAUGCCACCACGGGCAACCAUCAACCGAAACGAUCAGCCACGGAUAACUCGCCAAAGAAGACACCUUCGACGGGAACAAGAAAGCCCUCGGCUGCCACGGCUAAAUCUACUGCAACCACUCGUCCCAAGACGAGAUCUGGCUCCGGCAAGGACUCUGGGAAUGCCGCUAGGCCCACGACGAGAUCUGGCGAACUCUCGCCUAAGGCGCCUGAAGGUGAUCCGCCGUGGAUGAUCUCUGCGUACAAGCCAGACCCUCGACUUCCUCCAGACCAGCAACUUCUCCCCACAGUCGCAAAGCGUCUUCAGCAGGAGAAAUGGGAGAAGGAGGGCAAGUUUGGAAAUGUCUACGACAAAGAGUUCCGACCUUUGAAUGACGAGGGAUUCAGCGAACCACCACCGGAGCUGCCAAAGCCCCCGGUAGAGGACAAGCAGGAUGAAUGGCCUCUGCGAGCCGAUGCCAAGAGUCCUACACUGAGCCGACCUGGUACGAGCUCGUAUUCCACCAUGCCCAGGAUUCAAGAUACACCGGUCACGCCCAUGGCAAGCCCAAGAUUACCAUCAGCACCACCUCAGCCGCAACCUCAACCUAUACAGGUUACCAGAGUGCCUACCGCUCCAGAAGAACCCGAGCCACAGCAGCCUUCCGAGAAAGAAAAGAAGAAGGAAGCAGGUUGCGGCUGUUGCGUGGUCAUGUGA